GUGAAAUUCUUUAAUUGUUGAGCUGGCUCAACUCGUAUCUACUCGUCUGGAUGGAACAGGGGCUGUUGUGGUGCAAUUUUUUAAACACACACACACACACACACACACACACACACACACACACACACACAGAUGGUCUAUUGUCUUCCCCCUUGGUCACUGUUAGUAAACAGAUAGAUCUGAUGGCAUCAGAUGAAGAGCUGAAUGCCGAUGGGAUGAUACUCCCACCUCCUUCAUCUGUUUGGUCGUUCGCAGAUCGAGCGAGCAGAGAAGAAUUCGAUCGCUGGAGUGUGCACUGGCUCAUAUGCGCGCCCAACUUAUACAGAAAACACUUGUUGCAAUAAGGUUGGGUCAAACGACCCCAGGCAGAGGUCGCGGGGUACGUAAUCUCAAGUCGUUCCGAGAAUCAAUGGAUGCUUAUCCCUUUCUUCGGCGGAGUGGCAAGACGCUUGGUGAUGUCGACGUGCUCCUUCCACCCUUGCCCCUCAAUGUCCCUCAUCUCGCAGAUUUCAUCGAUGGAAAGUUGGACGGAAUUGCCGGCAGAACGGAAAGCAAAUGGAGUGAGAGACGGAAUUGGGAGGACGGCAGUCAAUCUCUUGAGAGAAGGAGAGAGCUUUUCGUCAUUCCGCUGCUCUCGGAGCGAGACAAGUACAAGGCGACACCUUCACGUCCCAUUGCCGACGGCACCGGCACCGCCGAUGAAGAAGCCGCAGCCUCACCCAAACUCUCAGGAAGCCAAAUUGCAGCAGUAGCGCCUUCUUUAGUAAUGCUCGGUACAGCUGGCACUUCAGUGGACGCACCAGCUGGCAAACCGCAGGAUCGUGAUGGGCAAGAAGAAGGUCGUACAUGGAAGACAGCUGCGCCCAUUGACGAAGUCGGCGAAGGCGAGGAUGAUAAAGAAGCAGCUGCGAACCAUGUGAUCUUCCACAAGGCGGACUCGGGACUGAGCGUGCCGUUCGCGACGUGUGUGAACACCGAGUUCGGGCAUUUCCAACCUGCAGCAUUAAUACGAGUCAUCAAGCAGUCGCGCCCGAGGCUGCUUGCUAGAGUGCAUAUCAAUCGUCACAGUGAAAUUGCAGAAGCAGUGGACUGCUUAAGUAGGCAAGGCGUCAAAGUACUUUUGAGAGGAACGGAAGAGUUGGCCACGUUCCAGGCCAACCUUGUCCCAUGAGGCCCAAGAUGUGAACGGCUAUACCUUGUCCCAUGAGGCCCAAGAUGUG